AUGAAUGCUCUCACCUUCUCCACGCUAGCAGUCCUAUUGUCGGGCAUCCUCGCUUCGGUUGGUGAUCACUACGAGUACGGCUACGAUGAAUAUAUCGUUGGCCGUCAUGGACAUGACCACGGUACAAGCUAUACUAAAGGCUCUAACAAGGGAGAACAUCGUGGCCACGAAAGGCACAAGUACGACCGUUGGGCGAGGCACACCAGAGGAGAAAAACACGAGUUGCGCUACGGAACUGACUGGGAUAAAGACCACGGUAAAGGACACCCCGGCAAGAAGCAUUACGAAAGCGGUUACAAGUAUCAAGAUGACAUCCAUGAAAAUGGGCAUCACGACCACGAUCACUACGGUUAUGGACGCCUCCAUCAUGAUUUAGGCCACGACCAUCACGGUCACAGGCGCGAUCAUGGUGAUCAUUACGGUUCCGGGCACGGACAUGGCUUCAAUCACAAACUUUUUGGUCCUGGGCACGACCACAGCUUUGAUCGCGAUCAUUCACAAUUACGGACAGGACCAUCACAAGCCUUCUGGCUAUCGCGAUUCUGA